GGUGAUGAUUGUGAAACACCAUUAAGUAAUGGUUGUACAAGUACAACUUGUUUAAAUGGUGGUACAUGUGUACAAUUAUUUAAUGGUACACUUGUAUGUAUAUGUGCAACGGGAUACACUGGUUCAAGAUGUGAAGCUGCUGCAUCAUUAUGUUCACCAAAUCCAUGUCAAUCAAAUGGUACUUGUAUUCCAAGUGGUACAACUGGUUAUAUGUGUAUAUGUCCAUCGAGUUUCACAGGACCACAAUGUAAUCUUGUUACCAAUGCAUGUCUUUAUACUCCUUGUUUAAAUAAUGGUACUUGUUUACCACUUCAAACUGGUGGAUAUACUUGUAUUUGUUUACCAAUCUAUACCGGUGCACAAUGUCAAACAAUUCUAAAUCCUUGUUUAUCAUCACCAUGUAAUACAGGUACAUGUGCAACUAUAAAUAAUGGUUUAGCUUAUACAUGUAUUUGUCCAUCACAAUUAACUGGUCCAAAUUGUCUUUCUGCUAAUCCAUGUAGUCUUCUCCCAUGUCUUAACGGUGGAACAUGUGUACCAUCAGGCCCUAGUACAUAUACAUGUGUAUGUGCAACAAAUUAUGUGGGUGCAAAUUGUCAAACGUAUAAUUUAUGUUUACCAAAUCCAUGUGUAAAUAAUGGAACUUGUACAAUGUUAACAACAACAACUGUAGGAUGUAUGUGUACACCAAUGUAUUAUGGUGCUCGAUGUGAAGCAUUAAAUCCAUGUCGAAAUAUGACAUGUGUUCAUGGUAUUUGUCAAAUAAAUCCAACUUUAUUAACAGCUCAAUGUGCUUGUUAUGCUGGAUGGACAGGUGCUAAUUGUAAUAUAUCUCUUGCUUGUGCAAGUAGUCCUUGUAUAUAUGGUACAUGUAUACAAUCCGAUACAACUGGUUAUACAUGUAUUUGUAUGACUGGUUAUUAUGGCGCACAAUGUCAAACUCCAUUAGCAAGAACAUUAUGUGAAAGUAGUCCAUGCCGUAAUGGUGGUACAUGUCAAGUAACAACCACUGGAUAUAUGUGUACAUGCCCAGUUUCUUAUGUUGGUAUCAAUUGUGAAGUUAUUAAUCCAUGUAUAGCAAGUGGAUUAUCUGUAUCAUGUCAACCAAUGUUAAGUUCUUCAGGAAAUUAUACAUGUACAUGUGCAACAAAUCCAUGUGCAAGUAAUCCAUGUCAAUAUGGAACAUGUACUGUAAUCAAUGGUGGUCGUGCAUAUCUUUGUGUAUGUUAUCCAGGUUAUCUAGGUAUACAAUGUAAUUUACCUAAUCCAUGUGAUAUCACAACAUGUUCAAAUGGUGGUACUUGUAUAGCAACAAUAAAUGAAGCAAGUACACAAGUUACUCAAUCAUGUCAAUGUCCUGCUUCUCAAAAUUUUGUUGGAAAAUAUUGUGAACAUUAUAAUCCAUGUAUAUCAUCACCAUGUAUAAAUAAUGCAACAUGUUCCUAUUUUAUAAAUGUAACAUGUUAUUAUUAUUGUUCAUGUCAGAUUGGUUAUUCUGGUGAACGUUGUCAAUUUUCUUUAUAUCAAACUCGUUGUGAUGCAGCUCAUGUUACAAAUAAUUGUCGUAAUGGAGGUACUUGUGUUAUUAUUGGUACAAGUAUUCAAUGUAUGUGCGCAUCAUUAUAUACGGGUCCAUUAUGUGAAAAUCUAAUUGAUAUGUGUACGUUAAAAGUUUGUCAAAAUGGUGGGACAUGUACAAUUAUAAAUGGUACAAAUGUUUUAUGUCAAUGUCCAAUAGGAUAUCAAGGAAAAUAUUGUGAAUAUUCAACAGAUCCAUGUUCAUUAAAACCAUGUUUAAAUAAUGGACAAUGUAUUGCAUCAGGAACAACAUUUACAUGUAAUUGUGGUCAAACAACAUAUACAGGUGCAAGAUGUCAAACAGCAAUGGUAUCACCAUGUUUAUCAAAUCCAUGUCUCAAUGGAGGUACAUGCAAUAUUGUUGGUACAUCAUAUGUUUGUUCAUGUCCAGCCGCUUUUACUGGUACAUUAUGUGCACAAUCAUUAAGUUUAUGUUCAACAAUUCAAUGUAUUAAUGGUGGCACUUGUUCAAGUUAUGGUUCAUUUGCUAUAUGUAAUUGCCCAAUAAAUUUUAGUGGUGAACGUUGUCAAUAUAUAAAUCAAUGUUAUCCAGUUUCUCCAUGUUUAAAUGGUGGGACUUGUAUAUCUCUAUUGAAUAGUUAUUCAUGUCAAUGUCCUGCUGGUCGAACAGGUACAACAUGUCAAUCAUUAUUUGAUGAUCCAUGUGUAGGUCGUCAGAGAUGUUUAAAUGGUGGUACAUGUACCACAUUACACGGUACAACUGAUGCUACAUGUUUAUGUCCAAUCAAUUUUACUGGUGAAUUAUGUCAAAACGCUAUAUCGUCUAUGCAAAGUACAACAACAUUAUCAUCAUCCAUUGUAACAAUUAUUUCACAAAAAUCAUCAACAAUUAUUGGAACAACAUCAUUGAUUUAUAUUAAUUCAACAAUUGCACCAUAUAUUUGUGAUGAUAGUCUAACAAUUCCUUGUCCUGCUUAUAAAGAUUAUUGUGGUCCUGAAUACGAAUUUUCUGGUGUUCCAUGUCGAGUACAUUGUCCAAGAACUUGUAAUACUUGUUGUGAAGAUUUUUAUAAAGAUGGUACAUGUUCAUUAGAGAACUGUCGACGUACUCCAGAUCUUGAACGUUAUUGUCGUAAAACAUGUAUUUGCAAAAUAUGA